ACUGAUGAGCCAGAAGGAAACACAGAAAAGAAGACACACUACAACAAGAACACUAAACACACUCUGAAGAUGCUGUGCUCUCAUGGAUUCCAGUCUGCCCUCAGUCCGUUCAUGGACUUCUACUGGCCUGUACAGAGUCUGAGGUCAGAGGUCAACCCUCUACUCCAGCAGCAGGACCUACUGCGAAGAAACCUGCAGGAGCUCCACAGCUUGAUGGACACACUUCAAACAGACAUUCUGGAGGAGCCUUUCCACACUACUGUGCAACCCGCAGUCUCCUGCCAUCUGCAGAAAGAGGGGGGGCCCUUUGGCCUGACUUUGGACACUCAAGGCUUUUCUCCAGAGGAGCUGUCUGUCAGGCAGGAGGGCCGGAAGCUGAGAGUCAGCGGGAAGACGGAGAAGAAGCAGGAGGACGGGAAAGGCUGCUACUCUUACAGACGCCAGGAAUUCACUCAGGAGUUCGAUCUGCCUGAAGGGCCCGACUCUAAAGCCGUCUCCUGCUACCUGGCUCCAGACGGGAUGCUCCACAUCCAGUCAGCCGAGGCUCUGUGUGAGGAGGAGGCGGAGAGAGAGCUGACUAUCAGGAGGAUCGCGGAGGAGAACACACAGCAGAGUGUGUGUUCACACACAGAAGGCAGCGGCACACGAAACCCUGAAAACAUGGACUGAUUGAAACACAUUUUGUAAAAGUUUAAACAGAAAGUUUUAUGCAAUUUUCUUGGAAGAUGAAUUAAUGUAUUUUUUGUAAAAUAAAUAAAUGCUUUUAAAUUUAAAA